CUCUACUCGGUAUUAUUAUGAUUUGGACUGUAUCACAUUUCAUUGAUUGAUCCACAGACUAUCUAGUAUGAACGAGCUCGUGUCAUGCUACACAUCUACAUGUGGUAGUUCUGUACCAGAGUCAUCCGGCAGACUACUUACCGUACCAUGUACUCCCGUACUAAUAAUACUAUUACUGGUUUGUAUGUUCCCUGUAUGAGGUAAUUAUUGAAGGGCGUGCUAACCUCAACCACUCUUCCCCACUUUCUACUUUGUCUGCGCCCAGCAAGUAACAGUCAAGAUAUCAUCAUACACCAAAAUUAAGAUGGCAGAGAUUCUUCUGCACCUCACAACGGUGUCAUCUCAACUGCAGGCUCUCGACGAUACAUCUGACGAAAGAUAUGACACUGAACUCCGUGACCUGAUUGCAUAUAUCAAGCAAUUCAACAGGAAUAUUGAUAGCCAAUAUCUACUAGAUAAUCUCAGUCCAUCACAACACACACUAUCCUAUUUAAUUAUUCUCAACCUUCAUAUUGAGACCUUGCAAAACCAGACGAAGAACAGAGUACCCGACGAGAUCAAACCCGGGAAUGACUUGUGGGCGAAAGCUGUCUAUUUCCUUAGGUCUUUUGAUCCUAUCCAGGUCCGCUAUGCUGGUCAUGAGUGGCGCCAACUUGUUGAACUCAUAGGACAAUCUGCUGAAGCUGUAGCGAAGCCGUUUCUAGCGGUUCAAGUUAUCAGGGAAGCCCUACUUCGACUCGACUCAUCUGGAGUCCUCACAUCAGUGCACAUUACUUUCCUCAGACUCUCCCUGAUCUCGAGAUCAUACAGUCAUGCUUUGCCUAUUCUGGAGAAAGAGAUGUUCAGGUUCCCCACUAGUUCAGGGCAAGCAUACCGCAAGCAUAUCGAACGUCCAUUAUGUUCCGAGGAUACCCUUGGCGACACAUUCAUUUCUGACGCGUCUGGGUUCUCUGCAAAGCUGACAUACAGGGACCAUACGAGUUUUUUUCUUUAUGGCGCAAUGAUCUAUAUGGCACUUAAAUAUUGGGAUAAAGCGUUACAUUUGCUGACCAUUGUGAUAUCUUCUCCGGUCAAUGACUCUGUCAGCAAGAUUAUGGUCGAAUCAUACAAGAAGUGGGUAUUAGCUAGUUUGCUGGGACAUGGAAAGCUAGUUGCACCUCCCAAGAUAAUCUCUCCACACGUUCUGAAAGUGUACCAGACAUUAUCAAAACCUUACGCGUCUUUGGCUGACGCUUUUGAGAGGAGUGAUUUCCAGAGGUUGAGAGCUGAUAUUGAUUUCGGUCGGUCAGUCUGGCGUGCUGACAAUAACGAGGGCCUCGUCUGUCAGCUAUUUCGUGCCUAUAAUACAUUCCUAGUACUCAAGCUAGGUAGAACAUUCUCAGCUCUUACUACAGCGGAUGUGGCACGACGCACGUUUACUUCCCUAGCAUCCUCUGCGAAUGUCGAAGAGUUCGUAGCGUCACUUGUAAUGUCUGAGACUCUGGGCGCUACACUGGUACAUUUACACCCACACGGAAGUGCUACAAUGCUUCGAUUUUCUGCGCCGACCAAGCUUGUCUUCAAUAAGGAAAUUUCCAUGCGGAACCGAUUGAUCGAAGGGGGUCGAGCGUUACGAUUUAUCGCAAAUGAUGUGGAUCAAUGUAGCAGCGAGUUGAAGCUGGGCAAUGAAAAUCUUCAGCUUUUGUCGAGAAAUCAGAGAUGGUCUGAUACUUCGGGUAAGGGUGGUGGCGAUAGUGUUGGAGAAGCGGAUGGUGGUCUGGACAUCGAGGAAGACAUCAUGGGAGAUGCUACUUGAAGCACAUGGCAACCUUGGUCCUUGAUAGGGGGCUAAUUCAGAAUAAAGCCUCGAAUACAGACUCUAGUCAUCAUAGAUUCUACGGUACUGUCCCGGUAUACACUAUCUGUCGAUUUUUGUUGGCCGGCCUGCGUGGAUCAUCCUACAAUUGCAUUUGUUUCGAUUGAUUGAGUGAUUCUUUGCCCUGUCUUCGGGAUUUCUACACCUUGUAAAAACGAUCUUGACUGUCAGCCAACGCAUUGACCUUAUCUGCCUUUAAUCUUCUUCAGCCGUGGACAGGGGCACAGCUUUUCGUGGAGCUCAUGUAUUCACAUAUAUUAUUCUGCAUCAUGAUAAAAUAUACUCAUAUGUUUUAUCAAUUAAAGUACCUACCCACAUUUACUGUUUUUAAUGAC